AUGGGCAGCAACACAUGUGGUGGAUGCGGAGAAAGGGCAGUCAGUAAUGAGGCAGAAAGGAGCAUUAUCCAAGAUAUUGUUACAGCAGUGAUUGUGACUCGAAGAGAAGAUAUAUAUUUGACAGGUUAUGAGAUUUUGAUGGGUUUGCUUUAUGGGUUAGGAGCUCUGGUUUAUGCAACUAGGAUCCCAGAGAGAUGGAUGCCGGGUAAAUUCGAUAUAGCAGGACAUAGCCAUCAGUUGUUUCAUGUUCUGGUAGUUGCUGGUGCGUUCACGCACUAUAGAGCUGGGCUAGUGUAUCUUAAGUGGAGAGAUAUUGAAGGAUGUUGAAGAUGAAGAUUAGAUGGAUUCUUUGAUGUUUUAAAUCUUGUUUGUAGUAGCUUCAUAUAGAAGUUGGAUUAUGUAAAGUCUUAUCUGUAAUCAAACGUUUAAUUGUUUCCUUUAUUCAUCAAAAGGAUUGAUAUUGUU